UUAAUCCCAGAAUUCAAGAAUGUUUUAAAUUUAUCGGAUUAAAUGUAGAAGAGGCGACACUUGCGGCAAAUUUCCAGGAGCGAAGAAUUAGAACGCCACUUUUCGCGUUUCGUGAAAGCCAACUCUUUGUCCUUAAAAACUUUGCCGGAG